AUGAAUAAUACGACGGCCUACACCCCACUCGAAUCGCUGUUUCUGUUCCAAUCCUUGGCCAAACACGGCUUUGCGACCGGCGCCUUCCAUCGCAUCUCCGAAGAGCUCAACCAACACCCACUCAUCCGCGAACAGGCCGCCUACAAUGCUGCUCGCCUGAGCCCGGAGUUGCUCGAGCAGCUCGCGCGCCACCUCCUGCGCGACGAGCAGGCUCGUGAGGCUGACGCCGCCGAGAAGGCCGUCAAUGGCGCCGGCCUCUCGCCGACGUCGAGGAAGCGGAAGCUCCCAAGCCCGCCGCUGCCAUCGAUCAAGGAACUGCAGUCGCACGGUGACAAGCUACCCUUCCUCGUCGAGAGGCUGUACGCGCGUUACCGAGAUGAUAUAGUGCGUCAGAUCCGCGAGGAUGAGAAGAAGAUAGACACGUUACAGAGGGACAUCGCCGAGCUUGAAGCAGCCGAAGCCGCGAGCAAGGCCGCUCCUCCUCCACAGCCCAAGCUCCCUAGCACCAAUGGGACUGCUGCUGUCCAAGAUGGCAAGGUCGUUAAGUCCGCCAGGCCAAAUGGUCACGUCAGCCAAACUCCAAUACCUGUGCCAACUCCUCAGGCUCAGGGCAUCAGCAAGCCGGGGGUUGCGAUCGCGCCAAGUCCAGUUCCUGCGCCUUCGCUAGAUCGCAAGCCGCCGCAGCCCUCUCCAUCUCCAGUACCGUCGACUGUACGGCCUCCGAGCGAGAUACGGCAAGCCACGCCUGGUGGGAGGCCUGGCGAUGCCGCGAGACCGCCGACAGGCCCUGCGUCUGUCCUGCAGCCACCUCAAGCAGCUCAAGCAUAUGGCCAUCCUCCCGGCUCUGUGCCAUCGCAAGGCCCUACUACGGAUGGCUUGCAACGACCGGACGGGCUGUCAAAGAGUCAGAGCCCGGCGCCCAGACCGUCGCCGCAACCUCAGCAGGAUCAAGGCUCUGGACCAUUCAAGUGGGAGCCUCCAUAUCAACCUCACCCAUCUCAAACAACGCCUAUCCCAUCCCCUCGACAUCCCUACAACACCCCCAUUUCUCGGCCGCUUGCACAUCCUGACCAAGCGGCCGCUAGGACGCCACAACAUCAUCAGGCGCAACAACAUCAUCAACCCCAGCCCUCCCAGGCUCAUAUUGGCGGCCAGCCUCAUGCCAUUGCACAGCCGAACCGAACGCCCACCCCAGGCAGCACACAUCCUCCUCAUUCUGUUCUAGUCCCACCCCAGAAUGUUGGCCAGUUUUCACCGGCGUUGCCACUCAAAACCCCAGAGCGGCCUGGGCCACAGCAACAGCAACCACAACAGCACCAGCCCUAUCGGCCACCGGCUGUUCCUGCGACAGGCCCACCGAGUACAGCCGUACCUGUGCCCUCUUAUCCGAACCAACAACCACAGCCUCAUAGCGGUCAAACUCCCGUGCGUCCUCCGGUUGCUGCUCACAAUCUGCAAACGCCUGUACGUGGGUCCGGCCCUCCACCAGCGGGCCAUCGGCCUCCUCUGGCCGCUCCUGGCCAGACGGCCCAUCACCUCCCCCCGGUUCACAAGCAAGCCGCGGCAUCCUUGCCAUCUACACCAGUCUCUCAGCAGCUAAGUGCUCGACCCCAAGUCCAACCAAAACCUAGUCAGGCUCCUUCGGCAGGUCCUGCAGAACAGCCUCAGCGGCCCAUGAGCCAAGCAAGCAGGCCCCUAGUGACAAACCUUCCGCCGAUCCAUCCAUCUUCGCAACCACAAACCCCGUCAGCCGCCAGUGUCUCUUCUCAUGUGAUCCGGGGACAUGGUACCAAGUGGACGUCAACGCCAACACCAGCGACGCCCAGACAAGAAUUGACGGGGUACUUCGACGCGCAAAGCCCUGCUUUUGAACCAUUGAGUCCUCCUAUCCGGCCGGCUCAGCUUCAAAAGACGUCGCCACAACAGUCAGGGAAGAAGGAAUCACGCAGGAACGUCCAGAAGAUCGACACUUCCAGUCCUCAUCCGCCAAGCAAAUUGUCACAGAGUGCUCAGAAGGCGGCAUCUAGGUCCUCUCAUCUGAAGGAGACUAUUGAAGACUCGGAUGGCGGCCGUAAGAUUAAGGCCGAAGAGGCCACGCCCAAGCCUUUCGAAGAUGCUGGAGACACGACUGCAGAUGAGAGUGUACAAGGCAAGCGAACUGGUGCAGCAGCCAAGGGCACAAAACGCAAGCGACACGAAUCGCCCGUCAAUCGCGCACCUCCAGCUCCUCCCACGCAUGUACUUUGGACCCGAUCUUUUCACAAGGUCAGUGCCCAGGCUCUGGAGCAGGUUACGAGUCAUCGGCAUGCCAACAUGUUCGCACAUCCUAUCAAAGCUCGAGAUGCCCCAGGAUACCCUGAGAUCAUUCUUCAGCCCCAAGAUCUCAAGCGCAUCCGUGCUGCUAUAAAUCAAGGGCAAAGGGCGGCCCAGGCGGCAGAGAAGAACCUACCAGAUUCUGAUCCAAACGCCAUGAAUGUUUGGCUGCCCAUUUCUGUGGACCUCAUACCUCCCAAGGGCAUCAUCAACAUCGCUCAGCUGGAGCGCGAACUCGUACACAUGUUUGCAAACUCGAUCAUGUACAAUCAGGACCCUGAUCGAGGCGUCGGGCCGUCAUUUGUACAGAGCUCGGAAGACGACAACGAGGAUGCCAUCGGCUAUGAGGUCGAUGAGAACGGCAUCGUCAAGGAGACCCGCAACAUGUUCAUGGAGGUCGAGAAGCUGAUGAGCGACCUCCGCAGCGAGAUCGAGCGCAACGCUGCGCCUCCCGCUGGCGGCCCCAGCCGCAGCAUGAGCGUGGCGGCGGGCGACAUGAGCACCGUCGAGGACGAUGCGGCUGAUGAGCAGCCUGGCGACGCCGACGCGCCCAGCGUGGCCAAGAGGAGACGAGUCAGAGGCUAG